AUUUUUAGUUCUAGGGGUUUACUUUCUUUCUACCAUUAUUCAGCUUUUGUUCUAUUCUUUGUCCAAAUUAUUUCCAUUUCUAAAAAAGAAAAAAAAAUUGUCGGCUGAUUUAUAUGUAUCGAGAAAAAAAUAAGAAGUUGUGUAGGGGUUUUGAAGUGAAUCUAGAUUACUCUUCAGUUUCCUACAUUUUCUUGAAAAAGAUGAUUACCACCUUUGACUUUUUGUUUUGCAAUAAAUCAUUUGUUUUGGUUUUGUCUGAAUUGAAACUUUCAUUUCCGAUCGGAUUUAGUUAGGGUUUUGAAUCUGAUGAAUCUUGGAAUGGAAUAUGACAGGGAAAGAUGGUGAGAGGGAAGAUCGAGAUCAAGCGGAUCGAGAACGUGACGAGCAGACAAGUAACGUUUUCUAAACGAAGGAGCGGUCUCUUUAAGAAGGCUCAUGAGCUUUCGGUUCUAUGCGAUGCUCAAGUCGCCACCAUUGUCUUCUCUCAGAGUGGAAGAUUAUACGAAUACUCUAGCUCCGAGAUGGAGAAGAUUAUAGAAAGAUAUGGCAAGUUUAGUAAUGACUUCUCUGUGGCAGAGAGGCCACAAGUAGAACGAUACUUGCAGGAGCUGAAGAAAGAAAUGGAUAGAAUGGUAAAGAAGAUUGAUCUCCUUGAAGUUCAUCAGCGUAAGCUGAUGGGGCAAGGUUUGGGUUCGUGUUCAGUGGCAGAACUUCAAGAGAUAGACUCUCAAAUUGAGAAGAGCCUUCGAAUUGUCAGGUCAAAAAAGGCUGAGUUAUAUGCAGAUCAACUGGAAAAGCUUAAAGAAACGGAGAGAGAACUCUUGAACGAGAGAAAAAGGCUGCGUGAAGAGCAAAUUAGAGAAAGGUUAAUGCGACCGGUGGUGCCACAAACAUUACAAAUAUGUGAUAAGGGUAAAAGUGAAGGUAGUGGCUGCAGAACCAAACAUGCAUCGGAGGUUGAAACCGAACUAUUCAUUGGAUUACCCGUUACUCGGCUAUAACAACAACACAUAUUUCACACGCACGUUCAGUAUUUGGCUACUCACAGUUUUUUGUUACUUCGGUGGUUCGAUGUGUUUGUACACUACCUAGCUGAUUCCAUAGUUUACAGUUU